CCGGCGGUGCGGGAGUCGGGUGGGUCGGCGGCUAUAAAGCUGGUGGCGGAGGGGAGGCGCCGCGUACUGCCCUUGCGUGGCUCGCUCCCUUCCCGGCAGCCGCCCGGUCACGUCUGGUUUUAGAGCCGGUCUGACCUGCUGUGAUGUAGUGGGCAGGUACCCGCAGGGCCUUCACACACGGAGGAUUGGGGAUUAAGCUAAGUGUAUGGUGUCUUCGAAAAAACGUGUCCUUGUGUGACGGAUGGUAGAGAAAAGGAUUACUCUGAGCUUCCCUGGAGGAGGAAUGUGGACAACAGUGCCUGGAGGAGGAAACAGAGGGACAGACCUGGAGACUGCAGUUCUUUAUUCCUCACACAGCUCUUUCACCAUGCCUGGGUCACUUCCUUUGAAUGCAGAAGCCUGCUGGCCAAAAGAUGUGGGAAUUGUUGCCCUUGAGAUCUAUUUUCCUUCUCAAUAUGUUGAUCAAGCAGAGUUGGAAAAAUAUGAUGGUGUAGAUGCUGGAAAGUAUACUAUUGGCUUGGGCCAGGCCAAGAUGGGCUUCUGCACGGAUAGAGAAGAUAUCAACUCUCUUUGCCUGACUGUGGUUCAGAACCUUAUGGAGAGACAUAGCCUUUCGUAUGAUUGCAUUGGGCGUUUAGAAGUUGGAACAGAGACAAUCAUUGACAAAUCAAAAUCCGUGAAGACUAAUUUGAUGCAGCUCUUUGAGGAGUCUGGGAACACAGAUAUAGAAGGAAUAGAUACAACUAAUGCAUGCUAUGGAGGCACAGCCGCUGUCUUCAAUGCUGUUAAUUGGAUUGAGUCCAGCUCCUGGGAUGGACGGUAUGCCCUGGUAGUUGCGGGAGAUAUUGCUGUAUAUGCCACAGGAAAUGCUAGACCUACAGGUGGAGUGGGAGCUGUUGCUCUGCUAAUUGGGCCAAAUGCGCCUUUAAUUUUUGACCGAGGACUUCGUGGGACACAUAUGCAGCAUGCCUAUGACUUUUACAAGCCUGACAUGCUUUCGGAAUAUCCUAUAGUAGAUGGCAAACUCUCCAUACAGUGCUACCUCAGUGCACUAGACCGCUGCUACUCUGUCUACCGCAAAAAGAUCCGAGCCCAGUGGCAGAAAGAGGGAAAUGAUAAAGAUUUUACCUUGAAUGAUUUUGGUUUCAUGAUCUUCCACUCGCCCUACUGUAAGCUGGUUCAGAAGUCUCUAGCUCGGAUGUUGCUGAAUGACUUCCUUAAUGACCAGAACAGAGAUAAAAAUAGUAUAUAUAGUGGCCUGGAAGCCUUUGGGGAUGUUAAAUUAGAAGAUACCUACUUUGAUAGAGAUGUGGAAAAGGCAUUUAUGAAGGCUAGUGCUGAACUCUUUAAUCAGAAAACAAAGGCAUCUUUGCUUGUGUCAAAUCAAAAUGGAAAUAUGUACACAUCGUCUGUUUAUGGCUCCCUCGCUUCUGUUCUAGCACAGUACUCCCCUCAGCAGCUGGCAGGAAAGAGGAUUGGUGUGUUCUCUUACGGUUCUGGUUUGGCUGCCACCCUGUACUCCCUUAGAGUUACACAAGAUGCCACACCAGGGUCUGCUCUUGAUAAAAUAACAGCAAGUUUAUGUGACCUCAAAUCAAGACUUGACUCAAGAACUUGUGUGGCACCAGAUGUCUUUGCUGAAAACAUGAAGCUCAGAGAGGACACUCAUCACUUGGUCAACUAUAUUCCUCAGAGUUCAGUAGAUUCCCUCUUCGAAGGGACCUGGUACCUCGUCAGAGUGGAUGAGAAGCACAGGAGGACCUAUGCCCGGCGCCCCUCCCCCAGUGAGGAUACUCUGGGUGAAGGAGUAGGACUCGUACAUUCAAGUGCAGCCACUGAGCAUAUCCCAAGUCCUGCUAAGAAAGUGCCAAGACUCCCUGCCACAGCAGCAGAAGCCGAAGCAGCUGUCAUUAGUAACGGGGAGCAUUAAGAUACUUCUGUGAGGUGGAAAACUUCUGUGCGGGUUGGGGUGGGGGGUCUGUAUAGGAACAGUUCUGGGAAUGGGAUGUCUGGGGACAGUUUUAAAGGAUUACAUGUUGUGUAACUUUUUAUGUGACUGACAUGAAGCCUGGAAAACUAUCGUGUUCUUGGGAGAGUUCUUUGCUCAAUUUGCUCACACGCUUCCUGUUGUGGUCCAGCCAGUGCUUAAUGUACGGGAAUGAUGUUUAAGGGCUCUGUAAACUUCAUACCUCUCUGGCCAUUCGUAUGCAUGAAGCUUAGUUUUUGAAUGUGGUAUCAUGAAUUGUGUGCUUCAGGCGAAGAAAGCAGAGGUACUAGUCUCCAAUUUUAAUUUUUUUAAACAUGUAAGACUUUUGUACUUUGAACCAACAAGCUUAGUGAAAGUAUCUGGUUUUUGAAAAAAAAAAAAAAAGUUUCUAGUUUAUGGAAUGUAGUCUUAAAAUGUGAUAUGCACAAACCCUGUUUAAAAAUGGCAAGACAAAUAUACUCUUUUUCUAUAAUUUAUAAAUCCUAAAGAGGGAGAAGAGUUGGGAUGGUAACACUGGUUCUGGAAACUGGAAUGUUGCUUUAAAUCCAGGCCAGCAGUGACGAGUUAUUGUAAUGACCUCUGAACAGAGAGAUGCUAGCAUUGAGCAGACGUCUGGUAUAGACCGCGUGGUACACUGGGAAACUAUGGACAUAGCUCUGGGUCAGCUUUGGAAUCCUUGGUUCAAGGUGGAGAUGGUAGUGAAGCGGUGUAUGAGGAAGUUGUUGCAAUCCUUCUUUGCGCCUUAUUUUAAAGAAUAAAUAAAAAUUUUUUCUGGCUGCCUUUUAAAAUUUUAAAACAAAAUAGAAGGAUGGGGCACAGGGCAUUGUUAGGUUACCUGUGAUGCUUCAGUGUUAUAAAUUCAACUUACAGACUGACAGCCUAAAUUCACGGUAUAAGUGUUAUUUUCCUUUCUUUUCCCUUUUUCUGGUAUCUUUUCAAUGAAAAUAAAUAAAAGGACAACCCAAGUUUUAUAUAGUAUGAACGGCCAAAAAAAGUAUUCCAUUUCAAGGUCUGGGAGUAGGAUUUAUAAAGCAUUUUUUCAGACUUUCACUUAAAAAAAUACUAUCACAUGAAAUGAAUAAGAAGACUGGUUAGACAGUUUUGUAGAUCUUUUUGGUGCUGAACUAUGACAUGAGCCUUAUAGACUGUAAAAUAGAGAUAGUUGGAACUAAUGUACAGAACUAAAUUUUUUAAACUUUAUUUGCUGUUAAAUUCUGUGAAGUUUCAGUUAUCUAAAAUAAACUUACACAAACAUGAACUGUAAUGUUUCAAAUUGCAAGGUAAUAUGUAAUGUAGUGUUUGUAAAAUACUCUUGUCUAAUAUUAACUAGUGGUAUUUUGAUUUGUACAGUCCAUUUGUUAAAAUGACUUCAUUUUAACAUCCACUGAUGUAGAUUAAUAAUGUAAGUUCACAUUUAAAGAUUAAUGGGAAAAUGGUGCAUGUAAUACUUUCACAAGUAUUGGGAGUUUGGUAUGUUUUGAAAAGAGUAAUUUAACUUUUGGGUGUCAGGAAAUGGGUUUUUCUCAAAGUCCAUUGCCGGCAAUGGGCAAGCCUCGUAAUAUUGGCACAGAGCAUUAACUGUACACCUUAUUAACAGUGAGGUGAAUAACUUUGAAUAAAGUUUUAGAGAAAUAUUUCA